UUUCCAGCUUAGCGGCCCCGUGGGAAGGGAGCGCGGGCCACCAGAGCCGCCUCUGCCCGCAGGAGCGACCGGCUGGGUGUUCACUCUCGGCCCUCACCCGCCACCCCGGGCGCUGAGCAGAGCUUUCCGCGCGGCCUCGGUGACCGCGGCAGCCCCUCCUGUCACCUCCCCCCUGCCCCUUCGGGAGCUCUCAGCCCGGCGGCCGUGGCCAAAGGAGGAGGAGGAGGGAUCGCGGCGCGGGCUGGUCUGGCCACCUAGCCCCGCGCGCCCCGCCCCUGCGCGCACUCCCUCGCCGGCGAGCUACUUUCGGACAAGGAAAGUGAGGGCGGCCCCGGGUGACAGCGCGGCGGCGCCAGUCCCGGGAAGCCGCGUCUGUUCGCGUGUCGCCCGUCGCACGGUCCAGACCCCGCCAUGGCUUCGACCACCACCUGCACCCGGUUCACCGACGAGUAUCAGCUCUUCGAGGAGCUCGGAAAGGGGGCAUUCUCAGUGGUGAGAAGAUGUAUGAAAAUCCCUACUGGACAAGAGUAUGCUGCCAAAAUUAUCAACACCAAAAAGCUUUCUGCUAGGGAUCACCAGAAACUGGAAAGGGAAGCUAGAAUCUGCCGUCUCUUGAAGCACCCCAAUAUUGUGAGACUUCAUGACAGUAUAUCAGAAGAGGGCUUCCAUUACUUGGUGUUUGACUUAGUUACUGGUGGUGAACUGUUUGAAGACAUAGUGGCAAGAGAAUAUUAUAGUGAAGCUGAUGCCAGUCAUUGUAUACAACAGAUUCUAGAGAGUGUAAAUCAUUGUCACCUAAAUGGCAUAGUUCACAGGGACCUGAAGGUCAGUAUAUGGAGUCCAUAAAUCUGAAUCAAAGAAGUUUCUUUGGUUUUAUUCUUCUGGGGAAAGGGCAGAGGUCGGGGGGGUAUUUCAAAUGAUGUUUAAAAUGUCUUUCCCAACUCUAUCUUGAAAUGAAUAAUGAAUGACAAUGCAUGAUGCCUCUUCAGUUUGCUCAUCUACAGGCUACAUAUACAUCAUAGCAGGAAGGGGAGAACAACAUCAAUCCAACACCCUACGUUUCCAAGCAAUAAAUUACCAGAGUCAGUUUGAGGGCAGGCUUUCCUGAGUUGUCCAGCAUUGGCCUGGAAUGAACUUGGUCUGUGAUGUAUGUCCGCCUGUAGAUUUAAACACCACUUCUGUUCUGAGACCGUGGGUUGCUGAAGCAGGACGCUGACUACACAUUGCUCACCUGAGCCUGACGAACCCUAGGCAAAGGGUAAAGAUUGCCAGCUAGACUACAUACAGCACAAGAAGUCCAUGAUUGUCAAAAUGUCAUUGUGUGUCCUCAUUCAAACCUAAUGGCACCUCGAGUGCUAACGGGUCUUGUAGAACCAUACUGGAAAAAUGGGAAAGACUUGACAAAGAGUUUAUGUGUAUGGAGUGGUAGCAGACCACAACUACAGAGAUAACGUUUGUGUUCCUGUUCAAUUCUGGAAGAAUUUAUAGCCAGGAAAUGAGCCCCAGAACAAAAUGAUAUUGUCCACAUAGAUUGACAUCAUGACUCACAGCUGGUAAUAUUCUCAUUGUUCUGAGGUAGUAGUCACGCUCCCGGAGCAAUGUGUUUCUCUAACUGAAGGAGUUAAAAUACAACACUAGUUGUCCACUAGCUUUGCUCUUUAACCCGGUCUCUCUGCGGGUAUACAGACAGUGAGUGUAAGCUUGGGAACUAACACACGCCCCCUGGUGUUUGCAUGCAGUCAUUGCAUUCAGCAGAUCCUGGAGGCUGUGCUACACUGCCAUCAGAUGGGCGUAGUCCAUCGGGACCUGAAGCCUGAGAAUUUGCUUUUAGCUAGCAAAUCCAAAGGAGCAGCUGUGAAACUGGCAGACUUCGGCUUAGCCAUAGAAGUUCAAGGCGACCAGCAGGCGUGGUUUGGUUUUGCUGGCACACCUGGCUAUCUUUCUCCAGAAGUUCUGCGUAAAGAUCCUUAUGGAAAACCAGUGGAUAUGUGGGCAUGUGGCGUCAUCCUCUACAUCUUGCUGGUGGGAUACCCACCCUUCUGGGAUGAAGAUCAGCACAGACUGUAUCAGCAGAUCAAGGCUGGAGCUUAUGAUUUUCCAUCACCAGAAUGGGAUACAGUGACACCUGAAGCCAAAGACCUCAUCAACAAAAUGCUGACCAUCAACCCUGCCAAACGCAUCACAGCCGCUGAGGCCCUGAAACACCCAUGGAUCUGUCAACGCUCUACUGUUGCUUCCAUGAUGCACAGGCAGGAGACUGUAGACUGCUUGAAGAAAUUUAAUGCUAGGCGGAAAUUGAAGGGCGCCAUCUUGACAACUAUGCUGGCUACGAGAAAUUUUUCAGCAGCCAAGAGUUUGUUGAAGAAACCGGAUGGGGUUAAGGAGUCAACUGAGAGCUCAAACACCACCAUUGAGGAUGAAGAUGUGAAAGCGCGAAAGCAGGAGAUCAUCAAAGUCACUGAGCAACUGAUUGAAGCAAUCAACAAUGGGGACUUCGAGGCUUACACAAAAAUCUGUGAUCCAGGCCUCACUGCCUUUGAACCUGAAGCACUGGGCAACUUAGUGGAAGGGAUGGACUUUCACAGAUUCUACUUUGAAAAUGCUUUGUCCAAAAGCAACAAACCAAUCCACACUAUCAUCUUGAACCCACAUGUACAUCUGGUAGGGGAUGAUGCAGCCUGCAUAGCGUACAUUCGGCUCACACAGUACAUGGAUGGAAGUGGAAUGCCAAAGACUAUGCAGUCAGAAGAGACUCGAGUGUGGCACCGCCGUGAUGGGAAGUGGCAGAAUGUUCACUUUCAUCGUUCGGGGUCCCCAACAGUACCCAUCAAGCCACCCUGUAUUCCAAAUGGGAAAGAAAACUUCUCAGGAGGCACCUCUUUGUGGCAAAACAUCUGAAAACCAUUCACAUUUGGGUCUUCUAAUUAUCAACAGUGCCACUUCUUCAUUCUGUCCUCAAGGCACCAGGCGGGUGAUCCUGGGACGUCCUCUCCUCUUCAUGCAUGUUUCUGAGUGCAUGAAGUUGUGAAGGUUCUACGUGUAAUGCAUAUGUGACACGUCAUCUUAUCAUGUGACACGUCAUCUUAUCAUGUAUUCCCUCCUGUACAUUGUUUACACUCCAGCUACCGGAUGGGAUGUUCCAUGCAAACUUUGAUUACUGCUGGCAAACGAUAGCGGGACAAGACAAUUCCACAAUACUCCAAGUUCAGCUGAUCCAUCAGGUUUCCCCGUGUAUGCCAAGAUAAAAAAGACUUAACUAAAAUUACUGUUCUAUGACUGACAGUAUGUAUGAGGAAAGGAAAUCUUUCAAGAAUGCUGCCGUUAAUCUGUUUGGGCUUUUCAUUGGGAUUUUGGGUUUGGUUUUUUUUUUUUUUUUUUUUUUUUUUUUUCACUUCUAAGGCAAAUAUAUGCCUUCAGUUCCUGGUGUGAUGCUGGUAGAAAUGAAUGGAUGGCCUUUCUCUGAAAGUGUUGGUGUUGGAUAAAUGGAUGGUUAUGUGAGCAAACUCCUGUGUGAUUGUAGGAGCAAGAAACAUUUGGUGUUCUACCAUCAAAGCCACGUUGAUUUGGGUCAAACUAUGUAUACUGGAAAAUUUCACAUCAUUUACUAGUUUGAUUGCUUUCAGAUCGGCACAGUGCUGGUGAAGGCCUGGCACUGAUUUUGGUUUUUCUUUCUUAAAUCUGUGUUCUGUUUUCACUGUAUACUAUUUGCUCCUUUUCUUUGUAUUUGUUUUAUUUUUCCAUUAUUUUCUUUAUCUCUCUCUCUCUCACUUUCUCUCUUUCUUUCAUGUGUUUAUCUUUCAUUCUAUAGCUGGUAGUGUGUAAAAACAGUAACAUUUGCAUAUGAAGUUAAAAUAAAAAUCAAGGUCUUUUAGAGGAAGCUAAAACUAGCACUUCCAGUCUCUCCAGGGCUGUGGAGUUGUGAGAAGAUUAAAUCAAUAUUUAAAGAAACGAAGAAUAAAUUCAGCUUAGGCUCCCACUUGUGUGUAGGAAUCCUUGCUAUGUUGAAAAUGUUGGGAUUGUUGAGACUGAUGCUAACAGCAAUAAGAGCCUUCUACACGGUCCUGAUUCUUCCCAACUAGAGAAACUGAAGACCAAAUGGAGGAGGAUCAUGGUUAUGUACGAAGCACUUGUUUUGAACCUUCCUGAAGCAGAGGGCAUUUACUGCCUCACUUUCACUAGCUAGCCACAUGAGGAGUGUUCUCCUUCCUCCUAGAGGUUGAACUUGAUCUUUGUGACUCGUGCAGUUCCUGCUUCUCUCUUGAGUCACAGUAGCAUCCUCCUGCCAGGAGUUAGGAUUUGUCCAGCUUAAAACAAAGAGGAAAAGGAAAUACCCCAGUUUUCUUUUCAUUUCCCGUUGGUCUCACGGAGGCUGUUUCUCUGUGCUGAACUGCUUUAUGGUGCAUGGAAUCUCCAUCAGCUUUACCUCCAGCGUAGCUGCUCACACUCCUUAGAAGCCGAUUUUUAAAGCAGAAGCAAAAAAGCAAAAAUAAAACACCCCCUUCCCCUCUUCUUCCUCAUUUCACCUUUUGGUGUUGACUGCUCAUCACUUUAGAUAUAUUGUUGCUAGUGAAUGUAUGAUAGAUGGGUUGAAGCUUUUCUCAUAAUUAUCACAUGAUUUAAAAAAUAUAUAUUUAAAGCAAAUAUAUACAGUAAAUGUAUUGAGCCGUGUUAACCUGCCAAUGAGAUCUGUGAAAAACGUAAUGGCCUCACUUUUCCCUUUUGAAUUUCUUUUACCUUUCUGUGAAGCAGCUCUGUGUGGCAUACAUGUAUUUAAAAACACAAAUAGUGGUAGAACAUUUUUUUUUCUUUUUUACACUUUUAACUUAGCAUGUGGUGUUGAAGUAUUAUCAUAGAUCCAGUUUGUCUUCUGCACUAAGAUGUGAGGAAAUCGUGAUUUGUUCUCUCCAGCACAGUGGAAUUACACCUUCAUCAUCUAUUAUUUGGAAAACACUGCAGUUUACCAUGGGACACUGUAUAUAUUUCUUGCCGUAAUGGUAAAUGACUGAUUGAUAUAUUUAAGAGUUAAUAAAUUUGUGAUUUCUGCUGA